AUGCACAAAUUGAGGGAGAAGAACUCUAAGAAGUGCGUCAACAACGUGACGGUGGACCAGAUGAACAGAACACUAGACGGCCAAUAUACCUGGUCCAUCAAAAAAGGGUCCAACCUCCAGAGAUCCGUUGUUAUAGGAGUCCGCAAGGAAAUCCCUCACCGAAUCGUUGAUCUGGAUACCGACCUCCCAAUCGUCGGCAUUCAGAUCCAGAAUCCAAUUAGCAUCUCCAUCGCCUGUGCCUAUCUGCCCUGUGGAAGGCUGCUUAGCCUGGACAACCAGGUUCGCAGAAUACUUGAUCAGCUACCGGAACCCAAGAUGUUUAUAGGGGACCUGAACGGCCACCACCCGGCCUGGGGUUGCCAACGAGCGGACCCUAGAGGCGUAACCCUCUGCGAUAUUUUCGUGCAGGAAGCCAGCCGUUCUCUGGCGGGCAAAGUGCUCUGGUUGAUUAACCCAGAUCUGUGCGGCAGCGACCACUAUCCGGUACAGGUUCGGUUAUCCACCGCAUCGCCCCCAGAAAACACCCGAACACCGCGGUGGCGCUACGGGAAGCUGAUUGGGAGGCACCAGUAUACCAAUAACUGGCUGUGUCCCCGGGCGGAAGGCACUCCGCUGGUGGAACGACGAAACCAAAAGGGCCAGGCGAAAAGCACUCCGGAAGCUCAAACGCACCUCCCCAAACGAUCCAGCAAAUGCCGACAGGAGAUCCGGACGGCGAAACAAAAUUGCUGGUCGAACUUUCUGGAGAGUAUCAACGCCGAACAAUCGUCAGCGGAGCUAUGGAGUCGCAUCAACGCCCUUAGCGGCAAGCGGCGAUCAUCUCCGCUUCAGAUUCGAACAGACGCCGUCACCAUCACUGAUCCAACCGUCGUAGCAGACGAACUGGGCAAAUACUUCGCCAAACUAUCCGGCAUCUCGGAGUACAGCGAAAGCUUCCGACAGCGAGUCCGCCCCUCUCUCUCCUCUGUGUCUACCUUCGGAAUUCCUCCAGACAACGACGACCUACCGAUCAACAGCCCACUCUCCUGGGAAGAUCUCGGGUUCGCUUUCAGUCGGAGUAACGGGAACUCGGCUGGACCGGGCGAAAUCAGCUACCCGCUGCUAAAGCACCUUUCACCCGAAGGCAACACGAAACUUCUCGACCUCUACAACCAACUCUGGACCGCUGAAGAAUACCCGGAAAACUGGAGAGAAAGCCUCGUUAUACCGUUACCGAAAACCAAUGUCGGGACCAAAGACAUUACUGGGUUCCGUCCCAUUGCACUGACCUGCUGCAUGGCGAAAGUCCUGGAACGGAUGGUCAACAGGAGGUUGAAGCAAUAUCUCGAGGCCAAGGGGCUGCUUGACCAUAGGCAGCACGCCUUCAGGCAAGGGUAUGGCACCUCCACCUACUUCGCUACUCUUGGGGAAGUCCUGAAGGAGGCAAAGGACCAAGGUCAUCACGCGGAGAUCGUAUCGCUAGACAUCUAA